CAUUUUCGAUUGUAACUCGCUAGCGAGGAGAGUUAAACGGGAGUUUUGUCUGUAUUCGGGGGAAACAGUGAUUUCAAUAUAUUUAUUUUAAUCUUGAUAAAUAUCUAAGUAUUAUAUUUCUUUUAAAUGUCAAGAAAAAACUCUCAGAGAUUUAAUUAUUUUGAGGAAUCCCUAGAAACAGUACCUGAAUUUCAUCAUUUAAAACCGCAUGUAAUGAUUCUUUCAUGGCUUUUCCCCAGGCACUAGCUACACAGCCAUCAGUAUAGCUACCUAGCUAGCUAGCUACGGGACUCGUGUAGCUAGUUAGUUUUUUUUUCUUCGAAACGGAGAGUAGUUGCGUUUCCUUUUCAUACAUUUUCUUCUUAUAUAAACCAGCGUGGAAGUCAGUCGUACCUAAAGCCCGUUUAGCUAUAGCCAGUUGGCUCUGUUUUAUAUGUUCAUCUAAAAGUCGGAUGAUCUUUUCCAGCUAGCUGUUUAGAUAGCCGUCGAGUUGACUGGUUAAUGUUUCGGGCACUAAGAAAAGCGGUUAGGUAGAUAUCCGUGUCCUUUGCCUUGGAAAAGGACGUGUGCGUUACAUUUCAUUUUGAGAUACAGUUGCAGUCUAUUGUGGUUCGUCGCAUGGCUCCUCAGAAGCACGGUUCCGGUUCGGGUACCGGUGUGGGUUGUGGUGCUGGUGGGAAAGCCAACGGCGGCGUGUAUUCGUCCUCCGCUGUUGUGAUGUCCGCAGUAAAGAAGCCCAAGAUGGAACUGAUUCAAGCCGACCACGAGCUCUUCUUACAGGCCUUUGAAAAACCAACACAAAUCUACAGAUUUCUUCGAACCAGAAAUCUUAUUGCGCCUAUAUUUUUGCACAGAACUCUUACUUAUAUGUCCCACCGGAACUCUAGAACAAACGCCAAAAGGAAGUCUUUCAAAGUGGAUGACAUGCUAUUCAAGGUGGAGAAGAUGAGAGGAGAGCAGGAGUCACACAGCUUUGCAUCUCACCUGCAACUGACCUUCACUGGAUUCUUCCAUAAAGUCGAAAAGCCAUCGCAGAACUCGGAAAACGAGCAAAACUCUGUCUCUCUGGAAGUGCUCCUGGUCAAAGUCUGUCACAAAAAGCGGAAGGAUGUAAGUUGCCCAGUCAAGCAAGUGCCUACAGGUAAAAAGCAGGUGCCUUUGAACCCUGACACCAGCCAAACAAAGUUGGGCAACUUCCCUUCGCUGGUGGUAUCCAGCAACGAGUUCGAGCCCAGCAACAGCCACAUGGUGAAGUCGUACUCCCUGCUGUUCCGGGUGUCUCGGCCUGGACGGGGAGAGCUGAAUGGUCUAGCCAAUGGCGAGAUGGAGAAUAUUGAUGUCAACGAAGAGCUUCCAUGCAGGAAAAAGAGGAGCUCCUCCCACAGAGUAGAUGAGGAAACCACUUAUGUUGCUCAGAUGACUGUCUUUGACAAGAACAGACGUCUGCAGCUGUUGGAUGGAGAGUAUGAGGUGUCCAUGCAGGAGAUGGAGGACUGUCCCGUUAGCAAGAAGAGGGCAACGUGGGAGACCAUCCAGGAUGGGAAGUGGCUUCCUCCGUUUGAGACCUUUUCUCAGGGACCUACGCUGCAGUUCACCUUGCGCUGGACGGACGACAUCAGCGACCGCUCCACUGCACCCGUGGCCAAGCCACUGGCCACACGCAACUCAGACUCGGUGCUUCCGGAGAGCCGGCCCGGCCCGCUCAGACCUGCUCAGGCAGUAGCUGUUAAAGAUUCUGUUGGCACAGAUGUCCAGACAAAAAAAGAGCAGAUUAUACUUGAACCUCGACAGAAGCUUCGCAUAUUUUAUCAGUUCCUGUACAACAACAACACCAGGCAGCAAACAGAGGCCCGGGACGACCUGCACUGCCCUUGGUGCACGCUGAACUGCCGCAAGCUCUACAGCCUCCUCAAGCACCUCAAAUUGUCUCACAGCCGCUUCAUCUUCAACUAUGUGCCUCACCCCAAAGGAGCCCGGAUAGACGUGUCCAUAAACGAGUGCUACGACGGCUCCUACGUGGGUAACCCUCAGGACAUCCACAGCCAGCCUGGCUUCGCCUUCAGCCGCAAUGGACCCGUCAAGCGGACGCCAGUGACGCACGUGCUGGUGUGCAGGCCAAAGCGCACUAAGCCCAGCCUGUCUGAGUUCCUGGAGUCGGAGGACGGAGAGCUGGAACAGCAGCGCACCUACAUCAGUGGCCACAACCGGCUGUACUUCCACAGCGACAGCUGCAUGCCAUUGCGGCCCCAGGAGAUGGAGGUGGACAGCGAGGACGAGCGUGACCCCGAGUGGCUGCGCGAAAAGACCAUCACGCAAAUAGAUGAGUUUACAGACGUCAACGAGGGUGAGAAGGAGGUGAUGAAGCUUUGGAAUUUACACGUGAUGAAGCAUGGUUUCAUAGCUGACAAUCAAAUGAACCAGGCCUGCCUGCUCUUCGUGGAGAAGUGCGGCUCCUACAUCGUGGAAAAGAACCUCUGUCGCAACUUCCUGCUGCACCUGGUCAGCAUGCACGACUUCAACCUGAUCAGCGUGGUGACCAUAGACAAGGCCAUGGUGCAGCUGCAGGAGAUGCAGCAACAGUGUGGCUUGGGGGCCAGGGAUCCUGAGGACGGGGAGGAACCGCCGGACUCCAAGGAGGAGGAGGCCACCACACUGCCCGCGGAAAACGGCGGCCGCUCGCCUGGCGCGGACGACCCCAAACACGCCAAGCGGCAGAAACUCUAAGAGGCGCUACCCAGCUGUUAUGACCAACGGUGGGACAGGUGGAGGGAUUGGCCAGGAGUCAGUGGAAGUCUUAAAGAUGGAGAGGUGCAGCCUACAUUCCGAGCAGGCACUCAGAUGGACGCAUGCGGGACGAGUCUGAAUGAACAGGAGUCUGGUGGUAUCGGUGCCCAUUCACUAACCAACACGCCAACAUAUCUAUCUUUUUUUUGGUCCUGCCUCUCAACUGUUGCUAUGGCAACAGAGUCAUCAUUAUUGCACCUUGAAAAUUGGGGGGUUUCCAGCGCAAAGUCUGACAUGUUAACCAUGACAGUCCAUCAUAUUUUAGCACUUGUCCUGUUUUA